UCCCCCUUCGUCGUCUUUUCCCCUCUGGAGAAGUCGGGAAGGUGGCGGCGGCGGCGGUUGUCCCGGCCCGGCCGGUUGGUGUGGCCCGUCAGCGCGCGCUCCGCAGCGUCCGCGCCGCGUCGAGCCCAGUCGAGCCGAGCAGCGCCGCGGCCGCCGGGUCCGGCGCGGGCGGCGCGCGCUGACGGAGGGCUGCGGCCGCGGCCAGGGCGGCCCGUGGGACCGCGGGCCCCCGGCGCAGCGCCGCCCGGCUCCCGGCCCUGCCGGCCUCCUCCUUCGGCGCCGCGGCCAUGGCGGCCAGCGCGAAGCGGAAGCAGGAGGAGAAGCACCUGAAGAUGCUGCGGGACAUGACCGGCCUCCCGCACAACCGAAAGUGUUUCGACUGCGACCAGCGCGGCCCCACCUACGUGAACAUGACGGUCGGCUCCUUCGUCUGUACCUCCUGCUCCGGCAGCCUGCGAGGGCUAAAUCCACCGCACAGGGUGAAAUCUAUCUCCAUGACAACAUUUACACAACAGGAAAUUGAAUUCCUGCAAAAACAUGGAAAUGAAGUCUGUAAACAGAUCUGGCUAGGAUUAUUUGAUGAUAGAUCUUCAGCGAUUCCAGACUUCAGGGAUCCACAAAAAGUGAAAGAGUUUUUACAAGAAAAAUAUGAAAAGAAAAGAUGGUAUGUCCCACCAGAACAAGCCAAAGUGGUGGCAUCAGUUCAUGCAUCUAUUUCAGGUUCCUCUGCCAGUAGCACAAGCAGCACACCUGAGGUCAAACCACUGAAAUCUCUUUUAGGAGAUUCUGCACCAGCACUGCACUUAAAUAAGGGCACACCUACUCAGUCCCCAGUCGUUGGUCGCUCUCAAGGACAACAGCAAGAAAAGAAGCAGUUUGAUCUUUUGAGUGAUCUUGGCUCAGACAUUUUUGCUGCUCCAGCUCCUCAGUCAACAGCCACAGCCAAUUUUGCUAACUUUGCACAUUUCAACAGUCAUGCAGCUCAGAAUUCUGCAAAUGCAGAUUUUGCAAACUUUGAUACAUUUGGACAGUCUAGUGGUUCGAGUAAUUUUGGAGGUUUCCCCACAGCAAGUCACUCUCCUUUCCAACCCCAAACUACAGGUGGAAGUGCUGGAUCAGUAAAUGCUAAUUUUGCUCAUUUUGAUAACUUCCCCAAAUCCUCCAGUGCUGAUUUUGGAACCUUCAAUGCUUCCCAGAGUCAUCAGACAGCAUCAGCUAUUAGUAAAGUUUCAGCAAACAAAGCUGGUUUACAGACAGCAGACAAAUAUGCAGCACUUGCUAAUUUAGAUAAUAUCUUCAGUGCUGGGCAAGGUGGUGAUCAAGGGAGUGGUUUUGGGACCACAGGUAAAGCUCCUGUUGGUUCUGUGGUUUCAGUUCCCAGUCAUUCAAGUGCAUCGUCAGACAAGUAUGCAGCCCUGGCAGAAUUAGACAGUGUUUUUAGUUCUGCUGCCACUUCCAGUAAUGCAUAUACUUCCACAAGUAAUGCUAGCAGCAAUGUUUUUGGAACAGUGCCAGUGGGUGCUUCUGCACAGACCCAACCUGCUUCUUCUAGUGUGCCUGCUCCAUUUGGAGCUACGCCUUCCACAAAUCCAUUUGUUGCUGCUGCUGGUCCUUCUGUGGCAUCUUCUACAAAUCCAUUUCAGACAAAUGCCAGAGGAGCAACAGCGGCAACCUUUGGCACUGCAUCCAUGAGCAUGCCUGCAGGAUUUGGCACUCCUGCUCCCUAUAGUCUUCCCACCAGCUUUAGUGGCAGUUUUCAGCAGCCCGCCUUCCCAGCCCAAGCAGCUUUCCCUCAACAAACAGCUUUUUCUCAACAACCCAAUGGUGCAGGUUUUGCAGCAUUUGGACAAACAAAGCCAGUGGUAACUGCUUUUGGUCAAGUUGCAGCUGCUGGAGUAUCUAGUAAUCCUUUUAUGACUGGUGCACCAACAGGACAAUUUCCAACAGGAAGCUCAUCAACCAAUCCUUUCUUAUAGCCUUAUAUAGACACUUUACUGGAACGAACUUUUAUGUGGUCACAUUACAUCUCUCCGCCUCUUGCACUGUUGUCUUGUUUCACUGAUCUUAGCUUUAAACACAAGAGAAGUCUUUAAAAAGCCUGCAUUGUGUAUUAAACACCAGGUAAUAUGUGCAAAACAGAGGGCUCCAGUAACAACUUUUAACCUGUGAAUUGGCAGAAAAAGGUAGCGGUAUCAUGUAUAUUAAAAAUUGGCUAAUAUUAAGUUAUUGCAGAUACCACAUUCAUUAUGCUGCAGUACUGUACAUAUUUUUCUUAGUAAUUAGCUAUUUGUGCAUAUCAGUAUUUGUAACUUUAACACAUUGUUGUGUGAGAAAUGUUACAGGGGAAAUAGAUCAGCCACUUUUAAGGUGCUGUCAUAUAUCUUGGAAUGAAUGACCUAAAUCAUUUUAACCAUUGCUACUGGAAAGUUACAAAGUCAAAAUUGGAAGGUUUUAUUCGUUCUUGAAUUUUUCCUUUCUAAAGAGCUCUUCUAUUUAUACAUGCCUAAAUUCUUUAAAAAUGUAGAGGGAUACCUGUCUGCAUAAUAAAGCUGAUCAUGUUUUGCUACAGUUUGCAGGUGAAAAAAUAAAUAUUAGAAAAUAUGCUAUUGUUUUUGUGUUCUUGCUGCAAUGCCUUUACCAAAGUGGCCUUAAAUAUGAGUAGUGAAUUGAGAACAUCUUGAAUUCUUAAAGACUUCUAGUGACUAACUUUUUAUAAAAAGGCCAUGUAGAAAAUUUAUUAAAACUACUAGGAUUGCUAUAUUCAGGAAUAUGUCAGUGGUAAAGCAUUUAAAUGUAGCUUGUCAGAUUCACCGUAAUACUUCUACUUUCUUUGCAACUUCCUUAUUUUGUGAAAUUUGUAUAUAAAGAAUUUGCAUGUAUGUGUUAUUUACAAAAUUUUUUAAAAGAUUUUGAAUUUCUCAAGACUGCAAAAGGCCUAUUUUAACUAUUGAUUUUUUUAAUUUUAAUUGUCUUUGAAUGUAUUGAAAGCAGACAUGCAUUAACUGUGACAUGAUUGCACCUCAGUUGUUCCCCUACCCCCUUUUCUGGACAAAUUGAUAUUAUUGAUAGGACAUAUGUUUAUGUUCAUUUUGGGGGGGGGAAAGCUGGAACCCAAUGUUACCUUAAAGUUUUGGAAUACUUUGUUUAAAAAGGCAGUGAUACUAAGUUUAGUUAUAUCUUUUUGUUAAUAUUCAAAUGAACUUGUUUUAAUAUUUAUAUAUAGUAAUGCUUCAUUCAUCCAGAGUAAUCUGGCAGUCUCAUCAAAAUGGAACACAACCAAGAAACUUGGAGUAAUUUUUAAAAUAUGUGUCUGAACAACUUAUCUAAGUCAUAAAAUCUAUAUGUUAGAGCUUA